AUGAAAUAUUUAUAUAAAUAUAUUUAUAAAGGCCAUGAUCUUGCUUCGGUAGUUGUAACAGAUGCUUCAAGUGGUACUAAUGAACCAAUUAUUCAUGAUGAAAUUAAAAAUCAUAUAGAAACGCGAUAUGUCAGCCCAGUGGAAGCAUGUUACCGAAUUUACGGAAGAGAAAUGCAACAUAAAAGUCAUUCUAUUAUUCGGCUACCAGUUCAUCUGCCAAAUCAACAAGUUGUAGCUAUUGCUGAUGAAGGAGAAGACACCAUUCGGACUGCCUUAGAAAAACAAACUAUGCUGAUGGAUUACUUUACUUUGAAUCAACGUAAUCCAGAGGCUAGAAUGUAUACAUAUGGAGAAAUCCCAUCAUAUUUUGUAUUUCAGAAAAACACUCCAAAUCGUCCAGCAAUGUGGAAGAAGCGUUUACGACAUUUUAAUGCCAUUGGCAGAAUGUAUUCCAUCAGUCCACGACAAAUUGAACUUUUUCACCUUCGACUGUUAUUGCUCACAAUAAAAGGAGCAACAAGCUUUGAAGAUUUGAGAACAGUUAAUAAUGUAGUUCAUGAUACUUACCAUGGUGCUCUGGUAGCAUUGGGCCUCAUUGAAGACGAUUCAGAGUGGGACCGUGCAAUGACUGAGGAAGAAAUAUGGAUGAUGCCCAGACAUUUAUUUGUUAUAUUAAUAUACUGUCAACCAAACAAACCAAAUGAGCUGUGGGAAAAUUUUAAAGAUGCUUUGUCAGAAGAUUUUAAACAUAAAGGGCACAGUGGAACUCAAUCUUAUGCAAGGGCAUACCAUGAAAUUAAUACUCUCCUGGGUCAAGAAAAUUCCAGUGUUAGUCAAUUCCCAUCAAUGCCAUCGUUAGCUGAGUUUGAAAAAAUUGAUGACAUAAUUAAUGACGAAGGAAUAUCUCUUCAAAAUCAUGAACAAAUUGGUCUUGCACAAUAUGCGAAAUUGAAUGGAAAACAAAAGCAGAUCGUCGAUGAAAUUUUAAAUGCUGCUAUGUCGAAACAGCCUACAAAGACAUGUUUUUACAUAGACGGACCAGGCGGUUCUGGAAAAACAUUUGUUUACAACACUAUUUACCAGCUAUUAAAAAGUAAAGGAUAUAAAAUUGCUACAAUGGCAGUUACAGGAAUAGCGGCUAUAUUACUUCCGCAAGGAAGAACGAUGCACAAAGUUUUCGGUAUGCCAGUUCCAAUGUUCGCUGAUUCAACGUCAAAUUUCAGAGCUCAAUCUAAAGAAGCACGAGAAUUGCUAGAUUACGAUAUAUUAAUAUGUGACGAAGCUCCAAUGGCGCCAAGAUAUUGUAUAGAAUUGGCAGACAGAACUUAUCGGGAUUUGACAAAAAAUGAAUUACCUUUCGGUAGAAAAAUUAUGCUUAUGGGUGGUGAUUUUCGACAAUUGCUACCUGUGAAAGUGAAUGGUUCACGAAGUGAAACGGUUAACUUAUCUAUCAAGUUUAGUCAUUUACGGAAACAUUUCAAGGUUUUUUCAUUGACAGAAAAUAUGAGAACCUUACCUGGAGAAGCCGAAUUCGCUAAGUAUUUACUAGAUGUUGGUAAUGGUAUUUUGAACGACAACGAUAAUAACUUAUUGGCGCCCGAAAACUGUGUUGCGUUAAAAGAUGAUGAUAUAGUACGAACAAUUUUUAAAGAUCUUAAUGACAAUCAUCAAUAUGAAGAUUUAACAAAAGUUGCAGUUUUAGCAGCUCGACAUGUAGACGUUGAUGAAACUAAUAGUAGGGUUAUAGAACUGCUUGAUCACAGCACUGAAAAAAUUUAUACUGGCAUGGAUAGUACGGAAAAUUGUGAUAACGAAGACAUUAAUGAUGUUAUAUUACCCGAAUAUUUAAAUACUUUGAAUCCCCAAAUUUUCCGUCAUACGAAUUAA